GGAAAUCGCUUUUACUUCCGACGGAAGUAUCAACAACAAGUGGAAGGAAAGUUGCUAAAUUGAUUUUAAGAGCAAUACAUUGGAAUUGGAUAAUCCAUAAUAAUGAGUAAACUUCAGCUUCGCUACACAAGAGAUACUAUCACUCGUCUUACGCUGCAGCAAAAAAUAUUCUAUGAAAAAAAUGGAUAUUUAAUAUUUCCUCGCUUGCUACCGCUAGAUAUAAUCGAUAAAUGUCACAAAAGAUUCGACGAAAUUAUCGAAGGAAAGGUUUCGCGAGAUGGAAUCACAGUAAUGUACGAUAUAAAAGACAAGAAAUCGGUAAAUAAAAUACAAGACAUACACGGAGACCCAAUAUUCCGUAAAUAUAUCGAAUUUGAAAAGAUCCUUGACAUAGUCGAGUGUUUUACGGGACCGAAUAUUCUGGCGAUACACAGUAUGCUCAUUGCGAAGCCGCCCGAUAUUGGAUUUGGAAGUUCAAGACAUCCGCCGCAUCAAGACCUUUAUUAUUUCCCGUUACGACCAGCCGACUACAUAGUGGCCGCAUGGACAGCCAUGGAACCCUGUGACAGCAAAAAUGGGUGUCUUUACGUAUCGCCUGGAUCGCAUCGUUUAGAUCAAUUGUUCCUUCACGGUUAUCCUCCGGAAUCGGAAGGAGUGGUGAACAAAUUUUAUCACGGCGUACAUGAACUACCUUCAAAUCUCAACCCUUGGGUAAAUCUUGAGAUGCAACCUGGUGACACGGUAUUUUUCCAUCCGCUGCUCAUUCACGGAUCUGGCGUUAACAAAUCUGACCGAACGAGACGAGCAAUUUCCUGCCAUUACGCAGCAGCGGAUUGCAGUAUCGUCGAUGAUGAUCCGCGUCAGGAUAGCAUCAGAAAUGAAAUUUUAGAAACAACGCAUAAAAAAUAUCCCGGCGUAGAAAUAACAUACACGGAUAUAUGGCGCUACAAGUCCUCGCUCGUGCGUGGGUUACGAGCGUCUUUAUAAAACGUUUCAAAAAUGAAUUAUUGACUAGAUUUAUCAAAAUGAUUAUUUCUUGAUAAAAUAAUAAUUAGAUAAGUUUAGCAUAAGGCCGAGAUAAUGUUAUUGAAUUUAGUAAACGGGAGUAAUAUUCGGGAAACGGGUAGAUAAGUAAUAUCACCACAGAAAAAGAAGUAACGACAACGGCGGGAUUGUCGCCGUUAUUAUUUAAUGAAUUAAUAUUACGUUGAUAUCGUUGCGAGAUAUAACAAUGCUUUGCGAGGGGAUCCUUGUAAGUAUUUUCGUGUCGAACACUGGAGCUCGAGGUGCGACAAGUAGCCAAGCAAAUCUGGAAACGAUCUGUACGAAUAAGUGCUAUCCCUACGUCCUUUUGCACUUUUGCAGAGCCCAAUAGAAUAUCCUUUCGACUUUUUAUUUGCUGACAAAUUUAAAUCGAGAUAAAAAUUUAUUUAUAGAUACUUUUAUGUGUUUCUGUGUAACUUCAAAAACAAAAUGUAUAAAAUAUAAAUAACAUUACAGAAUAAAAAAUUUACCUUAUCAG